CGAUCAAUGACCAAUAGUGCUAUGUCUGAUGUGUCUCCAUUUAAUAAUUCUUCACAGAAUGGAGUUGGGAGUACAUACAAAUGAUACGAUGGAUGUGCUUUACUCGUUACCCCGGUUGAACGACUAUAGGGCCAUUGACAAGCGUAUCGUUUCACUAGCACAGGUCCUAACAUCCAAAGGAUACGAUACGGAACGUUUAGCAUUUGAAGUGGCUCCACCGUGCGAAACGAUGAUGAUCCACUGCUUCUGGUUAAUGAAACCCGUCCAGUGCGGUACCAUGUUUCGGCGUACGAAAAUAUUUACCGGCUACUGCUGUUCCUUCAAUGCGGAUCGGUUUUUGGAGCCGAUCUUUACACGAUCGGAAGAUGUGCCUCAACAACAGGAGAGCAUACAUGUCACCGGGAUUGGGAAGGGUGAAGGACUUUCCGUACUGAUGGACAUUGGCGAGAAUUACUACAUGGCGUCCAAUCGGUUUUCACACGGUAUUGAGGUAUUUGUGCAUCGGUCGUACGAUUUUCCAGAUGAUUCUGAUUACACCGCAAUCGUACAGCGUGGGAUGGAGACGGACGUAUCUAUUUCGCCUACGCUUGUCACGGCAAGUCCUUCGUUGCGCAGUAUUCCGCUUGAGAGGCGAGGCUGUGCGUUUGAGGAUGAGGGUAACAUCACGACAAGUGUCCCGUACACGUACAGUAAUUGUAUGAAUGAGUGUGAAAUGCGUUACAUUGCGAGUGUGUGUCGAUGUAUUCCGUUGUAUAAGCAAACGUUUGAGCUUCAGGCAAUGCUGCUUGUUCCCAUCUGUGGAUUUCAGGAUCUUGAAUGUUUGCUGGACUUGAAAGGUUGGGUUGGAGUUAUGUUGAGUUUUGAGGACGAUUUUGAAGGUGAAAACUGUGUUUUAUUUGCAGAUCGAAUUAGCUUUACUUCCGAACAGGUAGCUAAUACAUUCGAGACUAAAUCCAAACGAUCAAGCAUUAAGUGUCACUGCUAUCCCAGUUGCAGCAUUGAGGUAAUUGGGGUUUUAUGCUUUUCGAACUCCCUUUUAUCUUUUCUUAUAAUUGCAGAAAAAUGAAGUACAAGCCAUAACAAAUACAAUUUCUAACCCUAAAAAUGAAUACUACUCGUAAGUAUCUACAGAGAAAGGGGAAUUUCUUGCAAGGUAUAAAGAAGACAUAUUCCUCUCUUUAGUCCCGAGUUUAACUUUUCCGCGUACGGUGUGCUGCACGUGCAUUUCCGUUCGACCAACU